AUGGCGCUGGAGUUUAUCCUGCAGUUGCACGAGCCGCUGCGCAGCCGCCUUCGUCUUCCCGAGGCGUUCGCGAGGGUGUUGGAGAUUGACCAGCCACCGAGGUUGAGGCUUCACAUGAAGGGGUGUUGCAACGGUGAUAUGUGGGCGAACACAACGUUCCCCGUCCCUCAUGUAAUGUUCCUCCUUCGGGGUUGGAAGACCUUCACACGUGCCCACUGCUUGAUGAAGGGGCACGUUCUCCACUUCAAAUUAGUGGAGAGCGAUCUGCUCUCCGUCAAGGUCUUCGGGCGCUCGGGAAUCAGGUUAGGGUGCUGCGCGAAGAGCUCGACUGAUGAAGAAAGCUCCUCCUCGAGUGACAGUGACGAGGAGGACACCGGUGGGGAGGAUGACGGGGACGGGUCCGACUAG